GAAGUUCCUCUUUCAGUCUGAAACUACCGCUGUGCUCAUGCUUAGGAGGAGAUUUAGCAAGCAUAACUUUUUCUUCUUACAACCUGCUCUCAGUAAGCUCACCCAGCCCGUUUGACCCUUGCUGCUCUGUCGUACUUUCUUCAAGGGAAGAUACCAGGCAGCCUGCCUUGCUCUGCCAUGGGAUACAGCUCAUGCCUCCUCAUCGUCACCGUGCUCACCUGUGCCAACUGCAGAGCCACCAACACGGCAGACACGAUGUGCACUGAGAUUACAGUGAAUAAAAGCUACAGCUGUGAAGGUUUAGGACUGAGGGAGAUUCCUGGAACGCUGCCUGUCACAACAGAAAUCCUCGACUUCAGCUUCAAUGUGCUCCCUUCCCUCCAGAGCUCAACCUUCUCUGGGCUGAAGUCUCUUCUCUACUUGGACUUGACAAGAUGUCAGAUCAACUGGGUGUACGAAGGUGCCUUUCACAACAACAAGUGCCUGCAGACCAUUGUGCUGACCGGAAACCUGCUCAUGUUCUUGUCCGACACAGCAUUUGUUGGCCCUCAGUCCCUGAAGCAGCUUGUCUUAACAGAGACGGGAAUAACCACAAUGUCCUUUAUCCCGAUGACAAAUCUGGACAGCUUGGAUACCCUCCUCUUGGGCAGCAACCACAUUUCUUCAUUGCAGCUCCCUCUCAACUUUCCAACUCAAAACCUCAAAUACCUUGACUUUCAAAUGAACCACAUAAGGGUGAUCACAGCAGAAGAUGUCAGCGUUCUUCAGAAGACCAGUAACAUAACUCUCAUCUUUAAAGGAAAUGACAUUUUACACAUUGAACCUGGAGCUUUCCAGUCCCACUUCUACACCUUGGACUUUGGGGGCUGCACUGACAUCCCUGGGGUCCUUGCAGGGAUACAGAACUCUGUUGUUCAGACCCUUUGGUUGGGAACAUUUCAAGGUGUGGGGAAGGAACCCAGCAUAACCCCAGAUGUUUUGCAAGGCCUCUGUAACAUAUCUGUCAAGGAUCUCUAUUUGCAACUACGGCACUUCAGAAACCUAAACCCUGACACAUUUCACUGCUUGACCAAGCUCCGAAAGCUGGACCUAACUCACACCCACAUCAGCUCCUUGCCCCCUGGCAUCAGUGGUAUGAACUCACUAAGGGAGUUAGUUCUCAACGCCAACUCCUUCGAGCACCUCUGCAACAUCAGCUCUGCAGCCUUCCCCUCUCUCACCCACCUCCAUGUCAAGGGAAACUCGGAGACACUGCAGAUGGGCUCUGGCUGCCUGGAGAAACUGGCAGAGCUUCAGCACCUCGAUUUAAGUCACAGUCACAUUGAAAGCCCUGACUGCUGUAGCAAAGCACUAAAUGGCUUGAAAAGUCUUCGGCACCUGAAUCUGAGCCACAACACAAAGCUCCACCUCCGAGAUGUGCUCUUUGAGGAAGGCAGUAGUCUGGAGCUGCUGGACAUAGCUUUCACUCAUCUUCACGUUGACACUUCACAGGGUCCCUUCCAAAAUUUACAUCUCUUGAAGGUCCUGAAUCUUUCCUCAUCUUCCAUUAAUACCAGCAUUCAACAUCUCUUUCAAGGCCUGGAAAACCUCGUGCUCUUGGACCUUAGUCAAAAUACCUUUGAGUCAGGAAUAGUGCCAAAGAACAAACUGUUUGAACAGUUAUCCAAAUUAGAGGUGCUAAUUUUGUCAUCCUGUGAACUGACAGCAUUGGACAACCAAGCAUUUCACAGCCUCAGGAAGCUACAGCGCGUUGAUCUGAGCCACAACAAACUUACUGCAUUCAGCACAGACGUAUUUUCAAAACUCCAGAGCAUCUACCUCAAUUUUGCCUACAAUAGGAUCCGUACUGUACCCCGUGACCAGCUAGAGUCCCUACCUGCCCGCAGCGUAAUCAAUUUAAGUUACAACCCCCUGGAAUGCACCUGCUCCAACAUUGGUUUAAUCACCUGGUGCAGGCAGAACCCAGAUAAAAUCGAAGACCCUGAGGGAACGACAUGCUCUGAACCCAAAUCUCUGGCUGGGGUUCCACUGGCCACUGUCUCGCUCUCCUGUGGGAUCAGCACUGCAGGAAUUGUUGCAGUCGUCCUGGCGGUUUUAUCCUGUGGUGCCAUCUCCAUUUGGUGCAUUCACUAUUUCAAGCAAAAUUAUCAGCAAAUCUAAGUUUAUGAUGGGCGCUUAGUGUGAAGAGACGUACAGUAACCGGAUUAGGAUGAAAGACAAUUUACCUUUUUUGCAUGUAGCCUGUAUUUCACUUAACUUUAAUAAUGCCUUUUCAAUUUUUAUUAUCAUUUUAAGAAAAAUAAUAAAAUCUUUUAUAUGAUCUUGGAAAA